AUGGUCAACUUUGGUACCUUUACUUCCCUCAUAUAUUCGGCCCACGUCGCUUUCCUAGGCUGCAAUGUGCCAACCAAUAGUUCGCAGCUUGUGGACAUUGUUCCAAAGCGCGAGGUUUUGUACGUUGGCGGACGAUACACAAACGGCAUGAAUAAUGCAACGAAUUCUACACCAACGACCAUGACAGGACAGAUUUACGUCGAGAAGCUUUCCCCUAACCCAGCCUCGGUGAACCCACCACUUCCAAUUAUCUUUAUUGCAGGCGCGGGUCAGACCGGCACCAAUUUCCUUGAUACUCCAGACGGACGGCCAGGAUGGGCAUCCUAUUUCAUAUCCAAAGGCCACACAGUCUACCUCUCAGAUCAGCCUGCACGUGGCCGCUCCUUCUGGUUUCCCGGACAGGGAAGUGUCGGGUAUAUUGGCUCACCCAGUGAGGUCUCUGAUAUCUUCACUGACGUAGCAAAUAACGGCAACCAAUGGCCGCAGGCCGAGCUUCAUACACAAUGGCCCGGCACUGGUCGUAUUGGCGACCCAACUUUCGACGCUUUCUACAGGAGCCAGAUACAAUUCCAAAGCGACCGCUUCAUAAGCGAAGAACAAAAUGCGCAGGCUUAUUCAGCUUUAGUAGACCUCGUAGGUGCCUGUUAUAUCAUCAGUCACUCUCAGGCGGGUGCAUAUGGCUGGAGGGUGGGCGACAUGCGCUCAGAUCUUGUCAAGGGUAUUGUUCAGCUCGAGCCGUCUGGUCCACCGUUCACGCUUCGCCCACCGUUUGGAAGUGACCCGGCUUUUGCUUUUGGCCUCACUGACCUCGCAAUCGGAUAUGCACCAACCGCAGGAAAGCAUGCCGAGAAUAUAGAAACAACUGUCGAGCCAGCAAUCGACGCCGAACACAAUGAUUGCAUCAUGCAGAAGUCCCCAGCGAAACAGUUGACGAAUCUACGCAAAAUUCCAGAACUUGUCGUUACUGGCGAAGCAUCGUUUCAUGCGUCAUACGAUUAUUGUACCGUCAAGUACCUGGAGCAAGUUGGCGUAGACGUGGAGCAUGCGGAUCUGGGAAAAGAGGGAAUUCACGGCAAUGGACACAUGUUCUUUAUGGAGAAGAACAAUCUUGAGAUCGCAGACCGUGUGUAUCAAUGGCUGCAAAAGCACUAA